UCUCUCCUUCGUUUUCCCAUUUUGUGAAGAUUAGGGUUUUCGUGGCUCUCUGUCUCUACCCUUCUCGUACUGUCUGAUCGAUUCUCUCUUUUGUUCAAGGAAGAUGGCUGCAUCUAGAGCCAAAUACAUCAUUGGUGCUACCGUGGGAUCUUUCGGGAUAGCCUACAUAUGUGACAAACUUGUUUCUGAUGACAAGAUAUUCGGAGGCACUACACCGGGAACGGUAUCUAACAAGGAGUGGGGGGCAGCCACUGAUGAGAAAUUCCAAGCGUGGCCCAGAACCGCUGGUCCUCCAGUCGUCAUGAACCCAAUCAGCCGUCAGAAUUUCAUUGUCAAGUCCCGCCCCGAAUGAGAACCACCUCUGUUUCAUCUUUUCCGAUUUCUUCUACAUAUGAUCUCUUUCUAAGCAAUGUUCUUGUCUUGCCUUUUGACAUCACUCAAAGCCCUAUUAGAUGUUAUGGUGGCUCUGAGACCUAUUCCAUUCUUCGUUUAUGCCAAAGAUUUCGGCCUCUCUAGCUGGGUUAUAAAUAAAUGAUGACAACUCUAUUGAUU